AUGUAUCGAGGUCUGCAAUUUAUACUAUUCAACUAUUUUGUAUUAUGUAUCUGGUCUGUAAAAGUUAACAGUCAUAAAACGGAUUGGGAAUAUGUUUUACUGCGUUUUGAAUCUAACUCUACAAAUCCUGAUAUUGCCAAUUUUAAUGUACGUACACUACGAGUAAGUCGAGGACUUUACGCUAUCAAUGGAACCUUAUUUGUUGGUAAAGACCUGGACAAUACAUAUUCGGUUGAUUUCAGAGUAUACCGAAGUGCAUCGGGAAAUAGUGAUUUCAAAGCAACUGCUUACGAAAUUCCAACAACAACUUUUUACAAAUUUAUGACUUCGUUUUAUGUUAAAAUGGUGCAGAAAGAUUUGCAAAAUUGCUCCAAUCUACCUCAGCAUAAAGAUGAAUUCGAGGGACCUUUGACUGCAGGCGUUUAUGAAUGUAAGAAGUGCAUAGUAACAAAUGAUCGAAUGCCAGGACACGCUCAACCAGGAUUGUAUAAGUCAGUUAUUCACUUAUUCGGCGAUGAUAUUGAGCUGUGGCUUUCUUUAUAUUUUGAAGUUAGUACCAAAUCAUUUAUUUAA